UACUUAUUUUAAGCUACCUACUUGUAAAAACGUUUCGGGUUCAGGUGGUGUUUCCCAGUUUUCUCUUGUGAUAUCUGUAUAUUAUCAUAACCCAAACAUCGCCGCUUUCUUCAAAAAAUCUAAUGUUUUAAAACGUAGGUGCACUGGUUUGUGCGCCAUUCCCUUUGGAUUUUAUGCUUCCUAGUUCCUACCUCCUGAAACAGACAACAAGUGUGACAAAUUGCAUCAUUAUAAGAUGAUUGAUUCAUAAGAGAUCACCUUAUGUACAAAAUGUUUGAGCUGAAUUCGUCUUCGCUGUACUGCGCCAAAUCUAUAAUGAGCCAUUUUCUUUAAAAAAUCAUAUGAAAAGAGGGAUGAUUGAGCGACUUACCGGUGCUUCAACACCUCUAGAGGGGUAAUCAAAACAUCAGAAAGGGUUGCUAUCUGCAUAUUUUUUGGGGCUUCUUCCGAGUUCUGAAAUAUGAAGAAGUUUACCUCAAAGGUGUUGGGUAGAUGAGCUGAGAAAUGGCCAAUAGGUAUUUAGUUACCAGAAGAUCGCAGUUUGGAUUUUUUUCACAGGGGUUUUGCUUUAAAAAUAAAAAUUCAUCCUUUAAAUUUAUGCUAUAUUGUAGAGAUGAUCCAAGUUAAUUGUUUUUGAAAACGUUUUACGUCAAAAUUUGGUAUGUGCUGGCGUACCUCGCAAGUCAUUAUCCGUGAUAAUAACCAUUUAAUUGUUUGUUUAACGUUUAAAACUUCUCUAACUUUUUUUACGCUUAAAAAGAUGGAAUAAGACCCUAAGAGACUUUAAAGAGAAAUAAAAUACCUUUAACAAACGGAAAUGAAAUAUCCCAAAUGAAGCCCUAUCUGCAUAGAAAUUGUUAUCCAAUCCAUUUUACCCUUUUUUCUGUACAUGAUGGUAAGAAACAAAAAAAAAACCUCUUCGGCUUAUUUUUAUUCCCCUCAAUCCACGUCUUUGCAGCGACUGAGCGUGUUGUAGUCAACAAUAUAGAGCUAAGAUGACGCCCGUCUGUUGCCUUUAGUCUUUAAUUCGGUUCGAAGGAGCAAAGACGUGCUUUACAUCCGGUGAACUACUUUCGAGAUGGAUUCUGAAGAAUGUGACGAUGAUGUCACCGUCACUCCAUGCCAAAACCUAAUCCAGCGUUUAAUCAAAAAACCAAAUGUAAUCCAGGAUGAGGUGCCGGAAGCAACUCAGGACAAGCGUCGAAAGAUUACCUUGGCCAAUGGGGUAGCUAUCAUAGUUGGCAGCAUCAUUGGUUCAGGAAUAUUUAUCUCUCCAAAGGGAGUUCUCAUAAAUGCUGGAUCAACUGGUACAGCAUUGAUAGUUUGGGCGUUGUCUGGUAUAUUUUCUGCCGGUGGAGCACUCUGUUACGCGGAACUAGGCACAAUCAUUUCCCGUUCCGGUGGCGAUUACGCCUAUAUUCUAGAGGCGUUUGGUUCUCUGCCAGCAUUUUUGACACUAUGGGUUAUAACGUUAAUCAUAAAACCAGCUUCUCAAGCAGUUGUUGCUUUAACUUUCGCUACCUAUAUGUUGCAACCCAUCUUCGGUGACUGUCCCGUACCAUACUCGGCCGUCCGCCUACUUGCUGCCUGUUGCCUAUGUCUUCUGUCCGGUAUCAGUUGUGCCAGUGUACGAGGAGCCAUGCGUAUCCAAAACGUUUUCACAGUGGCAAAAUUAUUGGCAUUAUUUAUCGUCAUUGUACUCGGCCUAUUUGAGCUUUUUGCAGGAAAAACACAGAACCUAACAUUCACACAGUUUUCGGAAGAUGCACCACUCGAAAUAGGAAAAUUAUCAUUAGCCUUCUAUUCGGGCCUGUUUGCUUUUGGUGGCUGGAAUUACCUGAAUUUCGUCAUUGAUGAGCUGCAAGAUCCAUACAGGAACUUACCUUUAGCUAUAUUCAUAGCAAUGCCAAUCGUCACGAUCUUUUAUGUUUUGGCCAAUUUGAGUUACUUCGUGGUAAUUUCACCGGCCGAUAUCAUUGCAUCUCAUGCAGUCGCCGUGACAUUCGGAACAAAACUUUACAGCUGGUUGAAAUGGGUCAUACCUGUGUUCGUCUCCAUCUCAACUUUCGGCAGUUUGAAUGGAAUCACUUUCACGGCGGCGCGAAUUGUUGCAACAGGAGCGAACAACGGCCAGUUUCCGGCUGCUUGUGGAUUUCUUCACCAACAAUUACUUACACCCAUACCAGCUUUGAUCUGGGAGUGCUCUCUGGCUUUGAUAUUGCUCCUUUUUCCUGACGUCUUUUCUCUCAUCAACUACUUGAGCUUUGCACUAUGGUUGGUUUCGGGCGCAAGUGUGACCGGACUAUUAUACUUACGUUGGAAACUACCAGACAUUGAGCGACCUAUACGAGUCCCCCUGGUUUUACCAAUCACGUUUCUUCUUUGCUGUAUUUUCCUAGUAUUAGUGCCAGCUGUUGUAACGCCUUUCGACACAGGAAUAGGAGUUAUCAUAGUUUUGGCUGGUGUUCCUGUUCAUUUCGUGAUUAAAAAAAGCUCAUCGUCAACUGUUGUUCAGAAAUAUUCAGAUAAAUUCUCCCGCUUCUGCGUCGCUUUACUUAAUGUUGCACCAAUCAAUGGACAUCAUGCUUAAUACCAUUAGAAAUGAAUUAAUGUGAAAGAUGCUUACUGUCAUAUAAGAGGACUGUUUACUUUUGCCAAUAAACUAAAUCCAGUGACGAAA